UGUGUUCGUUUGAGGAUACAAUUUAGUGAUACCAGUAGUAUAUUGCAACUUUAUAUGACCCUGACGAUAACUUUCCCCACAUUUUGCUGUUAGUAAAGUCAGGAUUAAUCAAACAGAUUUGUGCAAAAAAAAAAAAAUUAAAAGCUGGUGCGAAGCAGAAGAGGAUGUGAUGUAAUAUAACUUCCGCCUUGUACAGACUCUUUUCGUUGAGGCUCAGCUAGCGGCCGGCCUGCCAAGAUGCAGAUCUUUGUGAAGACGUUGACGGGGAAAACCAUCACCCUUGAGGUUGAGCCCAGCGAUACUAUUGAAAAUGUCAAGGCCAAGAUCCAGGAUAAGGAAGGUAUUCCUCCUGACCAGCAGCGUCUGAUCUUUGCUGGAAAACAGCUUGAAGAUGGUCGUACCUUGUCAGACUACAACAUCCAGAAAGAGUCCACCCUGCAUCUUGUGCUGCGUCUGCGUGGAGGCAUCAUUGAGCCAUCUCUGAGACAGCUGGCCCAGAAGUACAACUGCGACAAAAUGAUCUGCCGCAAGUGCUACGCUCGCCUCCAUCCUCGUGCUGUCAACUGCCGCAAGAAGAAGUGUGGACACACCAGCAACCUGCGCCCCAAGAAGAAGCUGAAGUAAACUGUUUGCUUGGUGUUUUCUGUGGGACAUAUGCAGAACUGUUCUGUAAAAUAAACAUUUUUUUUAAAUGACA